AUGACCGAUGUGUUGAGAAGCCUAGUGCGAAAGAUUUCCUUCAAUAACUCAGAUAACCUUCAGCUAAAACACAAGACAUCUAUACAGAGUAAUACUGCCCUAGAAAAGAAGAAGAGAAAGCCUGAUACAAUCAAAAAGGUAAGCGACGUUCAAGUUCACCAUACUGUACCUAAUUUCAAUAACAGUUCAGAGUACAUCAACGACAUAGAGAAUCUUAUAAUAUCUAAACUGAUAGACGGGGGAAAGGAGGGUAUUGCAGUUGAUCACAUUGAACACGCCAAUAUCUCGGACAGUAAAACAGAUGGAAAAGUUGCCAAUAAGCACGAAAAUAUUAGUAGCAAGCUUAGUAAAGAGAAGGUUGAGAAAAUGAUUAAUUUUGAUUAUAGGUAUAUUAAAACCAAGGAAAGGACUAUUCAUAAACGGGUUUAUAAACAUGACCGCAAAACUGAUGUCGACCGAAAAAAUCAUGGAGGAACUAUCGACAUCAGUUAUCCUACGACAGAAGUGGUUGGCCAUGGUUCAUUUGGUGUUGUAGUCACGACUGUAAUAAUUGAGACCAAUCAAAAAGUUGCCAUAAAGAAAGUACUACAAGAUAGAAGAUAUAAAAAUAGGGAGCUCGAAACUAUGAAGAUGUUGUGCCAUCCAAAUACUGUGGGUCUACAGUACUACUUUUACGAAAAGGACGAAGAAGAUGAAGUAUACCUCAAUCUGGUUUUGGACUACAUGCCUCAGUCGUUAUACCAAAGGCUUCGUCAUUUUGUUAAUUUGAAAAUGCAGAUGCCGCGUGUUGAAAUUAAAUUCUAUGCAUACCAACUAUUCAAAGCUUUAAACUAUUUGCAUAACGUUCCUCGAAUCUGUCACAGAGAUAUAAAACCGCAAAACCUACUGGUGGAUCCGACAACUUUUUCUUUCAAGAUUUGCGAUUUUGGCAGUGCCAAAUGCUUGAAACCGGAUCAGCCUAAUGUGUCUUACAUCUGUUCAAGGUACUAUAGGGCUCCCGAACUCAUGUUUGGUGCCACUAAUUACUCAAACCAGGUCGACGUGUGGUCAAGCGCUUGUGUCAUUGCUGAGUUGCUUUUGGGCAAGCCCUUGUUCUCUGGUGAAAGCGGUAUAGAUCAGUUGGUGGAAAUUAUUAAGAUAAUGGGCAUACCCACAAAGGAUGAAAUUUCAGGAAUGAACCCAAAUUAUGAAGACCAUGUUUUCCCCAAUAUCAAGCCCAUUACUUUGGCUGAAAUAUUCAAAGCCGAAGAUCCCGAUACUCUUGACUUGUUAACAAAAACUCUGAAGUAUCACCCUUGCGAAAGAUUGGUACCUCUACAAUGUCUAUUAUCAAGCUAUUUUGACGAAACCAAACGUUGUGAUACCGACACUUACGUAAAAGCACAAAACCUGCGUAUAUUUGACUUCGACGUGGAAACUGAGUUGGGCCAUGUUCCACUUGUGGAACGGCCCGCCAUUGAAGAACGGUUGAAACAUUUUGUUUCUGCACCUUCAUCGUCUUUGUGA